GAGCAAAUCAGCAGCUCAUACCUUGAUGACCCAAGCUGAUAUCGACCCAGAGUUGGAAAACUUGGAUCGGUACACGAAGUUAAGAACAUAAGUUUGAGUAAGUUUCAUCUUCAAGUACUUAUACAAGAAAAGUGAAAAUAAAAAUAAAGCGAGCAGCUAGAUGAAAUAACAGAGCAAAGAAAUACAAGAAACUGAACAAACACAAAGCCAAGAAGGUACUAGACUUUUCUUGGAGAUAACAUGAGGCAUCUCCUGGAUCAUGCUCUUCUAACUUAGAGUUUUGCGAAAUUGCAAGAAGUAGUCCUGGGCAAGGCGACGCCAGAAAUGAUUCAAUCUGUCGGUUAUGGAACUAUUGAUAGAAUGCACUGCUCAUAAUUUCUUGGGAGGUCAGUAUGAACCCAUGGCUAUAGUUGUAAACAUCUUCACUGCAUAAUUCUUGAUUACUCGCCUAUAGUACUAAACAUCGCUGCAUUCUUGAUUACAACUGGCAACAGAACAUUGACAUGCUUUGGGGCAACAGAACACUGACCCACUUCUGAGCUGUGAAAGGUAGUUAACUAGUAGGGCCACUACUUCUACCACUAUCAUUUUGAUCACAAGUGGUAGGAGUAGUGGUGGUACUACCCAGUAACGAUACACCAUCAUCAUUGUUAACUUAUUCUGCAUCUACUAUCCUAUAAGAGCUAUCAUUCGCUUAUCCUGAUCCUGCUGCAUAAAUGCUAUUAUUCAGUUAUCCUGCUCCUGCUGCAUAAAUGCUAUUAUCCAGUUAUCCUGCUCCUGCUGCAUAAGAGGUACUGGGAUUUUGAACGGCGCUUGGCGAGACGUCCUCCAAAACUGUUACAACUUGUUUUCUUCAUCUAAUCUGAAAUGGAGAUGGGUUUGGGACCCAAUUCCCUUUUGAGUCCGAGAGACUCCGAAGUGCCGCCAUACUACGAUCGAAAAUACUUGUUUUUCGUUAUGGAGAAAAAUGCAUUGUUUGAACAAGAUGAAGUAGAUAACUUAUACUCAUCUCAGUUGAGUCGAUGAUUGUAUCCAACCGGGAACCUCAGGUUCUUCAUUCUUGCCACGUGAUUCGUCAAGAGUGAGCCCCCUUCUUCCCCUUUGCAAUGUUUGACUUACUCCUCGAAUGGGUAACUACUGCAUUCGAUCACAGGGAAGAUUCUCUUCUUAUUUUCCAAAAUGAAAUCAAAAUCUAUAAAUCUAAAGCUACCAAAUACCAGAACCAGCAUUCAAUCUGUAGGUACAUGAUCGCAAGAUGCUGAGAGUUCUAUCUUCGUCGAAAUUCGAUAAUGAUAAAUGGAUAAAGAAUCUUUAAUGGAUAACCACAGUCGUUGCCGUGCGUAAAAAUGUAUGUAUGAGUGUGAGGAUGAGUGUUGUUGAUAGUUACCCUUUUCUCUUUUUUAUCUUCCUCUGGUCUGUCUGUUUUCUAGUUAGGUCGGCUCCACCACAAAUAUGUAUGAGUGUGAGGAUGAGCAGUAACAAUAUAUCUAAGAGGAGAACCUUUCUUCUAAGCUUCCAAAGUUUCAGCCGUUCUUGCGGCAUCGACGACGCGUUGCCCGAAGGAUGAUGGAAUUGUAUUUCUUCUUCUUGCUUCUAGUAGUUCUCUUUCCCCUAGAGUGAAUGGCUCUGGUAUUUGGUAACCUGAAUUUGAUCAUAAGGGAAAACAAGAAGAGAACCCUUGUGAUCAAAUUCAGGCUACCAAAUACGAGAACCAUACAUAGAGGCUCUCUCGUCUAGUAGUUCUUGUACUUUUCAACAACCGUUGUAGAAGUAGUUCUUUUUAGGAUGUUGUUCUUGAAGUUGUACUAGCAGAGUCACUCUCGACGAGUGAGAUCAUAAUAUAUAGAUACUUAUCUUGGACGGGUGGGAGCAAAUUCUAUUUCGAGAUCAUCUAGUCACUCUCGAGAUCACAUUGAGAGAUCCUCCAUGUAGAAGCAAAGUUUUUCAAUAAAAACACUCACUCCAUGGCUUGCUUUUGUUUUUCUUUACCUUAGAUCAUGAUCUCUAUGAAGGACUACAUUGGCUCACUUUCUUUAGAUACAUUAAUUUACCUUAGAUGUAGUAGAUCAGCAGUCAGCACCUGAUACAUUUACCUUAGAAACUUGUACAACUAGACAUGCAGUUGUCUCUCUUCAACACACACGACAUAUCGUAACAUCAGAAACAAAAUAAAUCGCGAAGCGGCAGAAUUUAGCGCCAUGGAAAGGCUGGAACGGGCACAAAAUGACCUCCGCGAACAACAUAUGGGUCGUCUUGGUAUUGUCAAAAAUUUCUACACUUUAUUGCUUUUGACGCAGAACAUAUUACGUAUGACGAAGCAGGAGUAUGAGUUCUACUAGUACAGUUUGAAAAUUUCUCCUCUUUCAUCACUUGAGGAUGAGGACUAAGAGUAUUUUAGAGUUGUCUUGGAGUUGUCUUGGAUGCUAGGGUUUGCUCUCUGGGGUCUCUCUGGGUUUAGGGUUUGGGUACCUCUGGUUACAAGCAUAAAGCACACAAGCAUUUGCGUCUACAAGCACAAAGUGUCCUCCUGUUGGUAUUAUCUCUAGAGUCGUCGUCUUGAUAGCACGAGGACAACUUCCAGGACUACUUCUAGCACAUCACUUCAAUCAGGUGAGAAAAAUGCAAAUCUGAGGCGUGAAAUCAAGAUGCGUAAAAUCGAAGCGUUGAGGAAGGAGAAGAAGUUAUGCUUCAUCUGGCAUUGAUACAACACUUCUUAUAAAUAUAAUAGAAGUGUAACAGCAAGAACAAGUACUUCAGAAAUAUAUUAGAGCUAGAAGCUAGUAUAGACGGGGGGACAGGUGGUCACGACCCCAUGGGAGUUGACCGUUUAACUCCUAUCCUAUCGUACAAAAACGACUCUACUCAUAAUGAGUAGACUGCUCAUUAUAGUUUUCUUUUUUCUAACCUCUGCUCUCGUCGACGAACAAAGGGAAAUAUCAAAGAAGAUAAGGAAGAUUCGCCGACGUCGGUCUGAGCUGACAACCGCCGUCGCUGCACGGUCAGAGACGAUUCGACCCAAAAAGAUGCAGCCACUUUAUGUUGUUCUUUCGAUGUUGAACAGUAUCUUCUUCCGCUCCUCGGUUAUUUUUCAGUUCUAUUCUCUAGUAUGUACUUGUAUUUCUGGAAUGCUUCACAACUAGUAUCUUCUAACUCCGUUAGUCACAGUUCUAAUACGCGAGUAACCUAUAGAUGACUAUCUACGUUGUCGUUGCAUCAAGUUGCCCCUCACGGUAUGGAAAAGUCUUCAUCAUUCAUUCAGUCACUCCUGCUCCCUGGAGCGGGUGCAUUCACUCACCCAGUCACUCCCUCCCUCACUCCCUCACUCAUCCACUCGCUUCCCCUGGAGCGGGUGCGUUCACUCUCCCCCUCACUCCCCCACUUUCCUUGGAGUAAGCGCUUCUAAUGUUUUGGUAUGAAUUCAGCGGGAAGAGGGGAGCUUAUUGCCGCAGCGUUAGCAGGGAAAGAAGUAGGCACGAAAGAUGAAAAAAACAUCUAUCGCCCUGGAUUCAGUGACGCAAAACAUGUAGCGGACGUUGUUAUGAGAUAGUACGAGCAUCGACGUGGACAGUAUCAUAGGAGUAGUACUUAUGAAAAGAAAAUCUGUUAUCAUUAUCAAGUUUCUGAAGUAGAAAAGUACGAUAAUGAUAACAGAUUUUGGCUUCAUAGUACUAGUAGAAGAUAGUCGUGGACAGUAUCAUAGAAGGAGCAGUACUAGUAGAUAGUCGUGGACAGUAUCAUAGGAGUAGUACUAGUAGAUAGUCGUGGACGGAGGCAAAGCUUCAUACCAUACAUCACUAAACGACGCAAGGACGAGUAGACGACCAAAGAUUAUGAUAGUGACUUCAAGAAAAUGGAGUGCUUCAAAGAAUUCAUCCAUUUUUUUUGAAACAUGACCAUGAGGGAGGUCGUUAUUUUCACUUCUAUCUUCAGAAAUUUUCCCUACGGCUAAAGUAGGAAGAAAAAGCAACAAUGAAUAGUAGAAGUGUUGUUUUUAGGUCACGCGUCUCACCUCGUCAGGAAGCUGUAGCGACAGGUGUUCCUAUUACGACCGUUAACAAGUAGGGUAGGCGUAGGCUGAAGGUGUGGCUGUGGUCCCUAUUGCCGUUCGCUUUGCCUUUGUGAAGGCGGAAAGGCAUUUUUUAGGGAAGGGCGUAAACGACUUACACCAAAAGCCUACCGCUGGCGCUGGCUUCUCGUCCAGUGAUUGUAUGCGCCAGGCGUGUCCUAGACAGUGCUGGGACAACAAGAAAAAAACACGUGGCACACAGAGAACGCUAGUCCACGUUUUGACUGAGAACUCUUCGACUACGUAUAUUUACAUGCACAACAUAACGAACUCUACUAGUACUACUUAGAAGACUUAUAGUACAACAUAUACAACAUAGCUCCUCAUAGCCGCCUAGUAUAUGAAAUUCUAUAUGUAUCUAUGUUAACUCUAGUGCAUCAUGUAGCUAUAUACAUACUAGCCACCUAUUGUACAUGCACCUGCAUAGCCACCUAAGACGAGUUAUCUACUUCCGACAUGAAGAUAACUAGUACCUACGACUACGAGCAGCUAUCUUCCGCUAAAUUUUUCUGGACAAUAUCUGGCUCGGCCACGACGAGCUUUACAACCAAGCCCCUUGCUGAGGAUGGCGAUAACGCAGAAGUGCUCUCCGAGGUGUCCUUAUGGUUUUACUUAACUCGAGAUCGUGAGGUCUCAUGAAGCACGUUGUAGGAGUAGUCUUCAAUACGUAGUAAAGGUCAGCAGUCAGUGGUCACUGAUUCUGAAAGAAAAAUGCCCCAUGCCUCUCGCUCUCCCCUUGUUUUCCCUUAGUUUUCCCCUGUUCUCUCAGGGUGUCUCCUCUUUGAUGUCAGAGACCAACUCCAGUGACCGAUGAAAGUCGAGCCCUAACUAUGAGAGCGGAAGUAGUAGCGUAGGACUAGUCUUCUAUAGAUACAGCCACUCACUCAGGGCACAUUCAUUCACUCACUCAGACGCCGCGCUUCUAGAGGGCUGGCCAGUCUGUGUCAGUGGUAGUCUACUUAAUAGUGCAGUGGAAGUAAAGCCUGUGCCUGUUGUAGAGUUAGUUUUAUAUUUCAGCAUUAUUUUCACAAUUGAAUUUGAGGCUCGUCAGAAAGAAACUUUUUGAGUUUCUCUCUCUGAAGUACUUUCCGAUAAGGUGGAACAUGACAACAACUAGCUGCACACCUUUUUCUUCUAUGAGAGGUAGAGCCAGAGUGAAGAGAUCAUGGAGGCUCACACCCCCGAAGCUUCACCACUUGCUGCCAGUCCAUACCCUUCUCCUAGAUCAUAGGCACCGCGACCACAGUAUUGGCGGAAAAGUGAUCAUCAUACUCGCAGGCACGAUCAGAUGUGCCCAUCUGAUCAUGCCAUGGGGCACGAUCAUGCAUUUCUCUUCCGACUUGAACUCUGUCAACAAAUAAGCUUAGCUGCUAAGAAGAUUGCUUUUGCUACCCAUGCUGAAGAAGAUCCUUGCCUUCCCCUCGAUAGUAGAUAGGUCGAGAUAUCAUGAGGCUGCAGCAUGGCAUCUGCAUGGCAUAGACAGAUCAUAGAGAACUGCUCUCGAGAACCUCGAAAGCAUUUGAACAUGAUCCAGGUAGACAACUGCUCUCGAGAACCUCGAAAGCAUUUGACGACUACUACUUCUACUAUCCUCUAUUAAGGGUAAGGCUAAAGGUGUUCUUGUGAGGACCGUUCGCUAUGGGUCUUCGAAGGGAGACAGGCAAAACAAACGGGAGAAACGAACACCAAAAGCCUGCCCCAAACUCUAUCGCCGUCCCUCUCUCUUCCUCUAAUGUGACGAAUGCGACGCGAUUUUAUUGGAGUAUGCGCGAAGGCCUGUUUGGAUUUAAACGGGUCAGACGAAUUUCUGAAGCAAGCCGCGGGAAGCCGCGUGGAAGACGGGAAAGCUGUCCAGGAAGCAAACCUAUGAUAUUAGAAACACCUCAAUCUUCAUGACAUCAAUAAUUAUACCAUUAGUUCUUAGAAUGGGCCAUGUUGAUGUGGUUAUCAUGAUAGACCUUUGGAAAGGAUGUAUAUUACUUAGAAGCUCUGUGUUGGAUAGGUGGUACUAGAAAUUGACCACCAGAGACGUAUGAUGAUGAUGAUGAUGAUGAUGAUGCUGGCAGUCGGUAUAGAAAGACUGCGUAAAAAGACUGGAUAGAAGGACUGUAUAGAAAGACUGCGUAAAAAGACUGGAUAGAAGGACUGUAUAGAAGGCUUCAAGCGAAAAGCUAGGUGACUGGCACUUCGGAGAAGAAGAGUACAAUAGAAAGACUGUACAUCAGUAGGUCGAUAGGCACGACUGAAGUGUAGCAGAGAAAGGUGGCACCAUAAUAUGCGCUACAUGUUCUUCGUACUAUGAUUGUACUGGUGUCACAGGUGUCAAUGGCCUCGACGAACGCUCACUCCCUCACAGGUGAGCUCACUCCUAUCCUAUCUUACUAGAUAGGGCGUACUAGAUAGUGGCGUGACUGAUUUGUUCAGAAAAGCUGUAUGAACGGGGGGAAGGGGCAACGCGUAGUCCUAGUAUGGAAAAAACAAGUGAUCAACAAGAUAUUAAAGAUACUUUGAUAGAGGAGCUCUGUCGUAGUUAGAGCGGGUCAUCUGGAUGAGUACUCUAUUAGCAUGAGAACAUACGUCAUAGACGAGGACGGAAUAAUGGAAUACAAGACCUAGUAGCUGCUAAUGCUAUUGCUAAGAAUAAUGAUAACGAAAGUCGUCAGGAGCACUCUUAUACUUAUUCCAUGCACAACUGUGAAGAGGAGCAGAAGUUCAAAAAAUAGAAUGCGCGACGAACUAUGGCCCUAUCGGGCUUGAGCACUAGCCUAAACCCGCACGAGUGCAGGCUUAAACUGAAUAACAUGCCUCCACAUCCUCACUUAUCUUAUCACACCGUCCUAAUCUUGAUGUUGAUGCGGAACCUCUUCGAGGGGGUGCCUAUAUAUCCUCACCUAUCUUGUUAUCACAUCUAAUCUUGCUACGGAACCUCUUCGAGGGGGCGCCUUUAUAUCCUCACCUAUCUUGUUAUCACAUCUAAUCUUGCUACGGAACCUCUUCGAGGAAGCCCCAGAGGGAAAGAAGAGAAAAGCUACGCGUGAUCCCUUAG